AUGUCGUUCAUACCACACGUGGUGCGGCCACGGGCCGACGUGGAGAUUGCAAUCGAUACCGAGACGGCCCAAGCCGCGCUCGAGCUCGAGCUCACGAUUCUGCGCGUGCGGCAGCCGCACGACGGAGCCGCCAUGUCGCUUCUCGGGACACCGUGGCCAGCAUGGUUUGUCCCGCAGCUCGCCGCGCUUCAAGCGUCAUCGUUCUCGACAAAGUACUUGUGGUUUCUAUCACAGCUCGACGCGUUGCCGAGCGCGAGCAUUGCCAAGCUCUCGGUGCACCGGGGCAAGCUCCUCGACGGCUCGAUGCGGCUGCUGGAGCAGCUGCCGCUACAGCAGCUCUGUGCACAAACCCGCAUCGAGCUCAUUGGUGAGAUCGGCGUCGAUGCCGGCGGCCUCCAGCGCGAGUGGUACACCAUGCUCACCCAAGCCAUCUUGGACGAGAGCGCGGGUCUCUUUGUGGCCACGGACAACUACAAGUAUACGAUCGCGCCGCAUUCGUCGGUGCGACCCGCUCGGUAUCGCUGCGUCGGCCGGCUGCUCGGGCGCGCCUUGCUCGACGGCCAAGUCCUUCCGUUCCACCUCUGCACACCCAUGUACAAGCUCCUUCUCGGCCUUCCGCUCUCGCUCCUCGACGUGCAAUUCAUGGAUCAGCAGCUCUACAAGAGUUUGCUCUACGUACAGACAACGCCGGACGUGGCCGCGCUGUGCCUUGACUUUACUGUCGCGAUGGACGCGCAGCAUGUCGUGCCACUCGUGCCCGGCGGCGAGACCAUGGCCGUCACCGUCGACAACCAAGCCCUGUACGUCCAAGUGAUGACCGAGUACAUCCUCUUUGGGCGCAUCCAGCGCCAAGUCGAGCAUUUUCUAGCCGGCUUUUUCGAGGUACUACCGCCCGAGUGGCUCGCGCCGUUCGACUACAAGGAGCUCGAGCUCCUCCUCUGCGGCAUCGCCGACAUCAGCGUCGAUGAUUGGAAGCAGUAUACCUCCGUCUCGGCCGUCUUUACCACCACCGACGCCAUCGUCUUGUCGUGGUUCUGGGAUGCCGUCGCCAAUAUGACCAACACGGAGCGUGCCAAGCUGCUCCAGUUUGCCACGGGCUCGACGCACGUACCUGUCCAAGGCUUCAAAGGGCUCACGAGCACAGACGGCCGGCUCUGCCCCUUCUCGAUCAAGGCCAUCGAGUACGAACCCGGCAUGCUGCCGCGGUCCCAUGCGUGCUUCAACCGAAUCGACUUGCCCGUGUACCCGUCGCGCGACGAGCUGAACGCGGCGCUGCAGCUCUUGCUGCAGAUGGACAUGACCGAGUUUGCACUUGUCUAA